AUGCAUAACCACCCGACGGAACCCCUCAAAACCCUGAUAGACUCUGGCGCAACAUCCAAUUUCAUAUCACCCGCCAUAGUUGAAAAAUAUAAAAUACCAAAAACCCUACUCAAAAAUCCACGAGUAGUGAGAAUGUUGGAUGGUACAAUAUCCCAGACUGGUCGCAUAUGGCACCAGGUACAACUCACGGUCUUGGCCAACGGCCAUCCCCAUUCCGUCCCCUUCCUAGUCUGCCCUAUUGGCAAUACCCCAGCUAUACUAGGCAUGACAUGGCUCACCCAAGAAUCCCCACUCAUCGACUGGUCCUCUGGCGUAAUCUCAUUCCCAGACCAAGCCAAAAUUGCAUCCGAAGAAGAGGCCAAUCCAGACCCAUUAGCCAAUUUACCUGAGCAAUACCACGAAUUUGCUCAAGUCUUUGGGGAAGAAGAGUUCAAAGUCUUGCCCCCCCAUUGGGAGUAUGAUAUAGCCAUUGACCUAUUACCAGACGCCAAACUCUCACCUGGGCCCAUUUACGGCAUGACGGACGCGGAAUCCAAGGCACUGAAACAACACAUUGAUGAGGAACUGGCAACGGGCAAGAUCUGCCCUAGUACCUCCUCGGCAGGUGCCCCGGUCAUGUUUGUAAAGAAGGCAGACGGAUCCCUCAGGCUAGUCGUUGAUUACAGAAAACUGAAUGACGUUACCCAUAAGAACGUAUACCCUUUACCAAGACAGGACGACCUCAUGGCUAAACUCAGAAACGCCAAACUGUUCACUAAACUGGAUUUGCAAUGGGGGUACAAUAACGUCAGGAUCAAGGAAGGAGAUGAAUGGAAGACGGCGUUCAGGACUAAAUAUGGGCUAUUUGAAUAUUUGGUUAUGCCAUUUGGUCUCACUAAUGCCCCGGCCGCCUUCCAACAUUUUAUGAACGACCUAUUCCAAGAUCUCAUUGACGUCACAGUGGUCAUUUACUUGGAUGAUAUCCUGAUUUUCUCAGAAGACCCUAAGGAUCACCCUACCCACGUCAGGGAAGUUCUGUCUUGGUUAAUGAAGAACCAGCUAUUCUGUAAAUUGUCCAAAUGCCAUUUUCACAUAACCACGGUUGACUACCUAGGAAUUGUCAUCUCACCUGCAGGAUUCUCCAUGGAUCAGAAGAAAAUCGAGGCAGUUACGUCAUGGCCUACCCCCAAAACAGUCAAACAGGUCCAAGCCUUCCUGGGUUUUGUAAAUUACCUCCGCUGGUUUAUUCCCAACUUCAGCUCCGUCGCACGCCCUCUACAUAAUCUCACCAAAAAGGAAACCCCUUGGUCAUGGGGUAACCUGGAGGAAGCUGCCUUUCAGGAACUAAAAACCCUUGUCACCCAAUCACCAGUCUUGGUCCAUUCCAAUCCAGGACUUCCUUAUUACCUGGAAACAGAUGCAUCAGGGGUAGCCAUGGGAGCAAUUCUUAGUCAAAGAGGAGAAGAUAACCGCUUACAUCCAGUGGCUUACAUGUCUAAAUCCUUCUCUGGCGCUGAGGCUAAUUAUGACACCCAUGAUAAGGAGCUCCUAGCCAUAAUCAAGGCGUUAGAAGAAUGGCGGAUCUUCCUAGAAGCAACGGACAGACCAAUCCAGGUUUUCACAGAUCAUAGGAACCUGGAAUAUUGGAUGCAGGCACGGACAUUUAACAGAAGGCACGCGCGUUGGCGGAUUUUCCUGAGCGACUUCAACUUUGAGAUCCACUAUCGCCCAGGGAAACAAUCAGGGAAACCGGAUGCUCUCUCCAGAAGGUCGGAUUACAUUGAUAUGACACCAGAGCCAGAAGUCAUGUUGCCAGCAGAAGUCUUUGCCAACACGUCAGAAGAAGAACUGGAAAUUGCCACGGAGAUCCGCGCCAAGCUUAGGGAGGACCCAUCCCUUGAUCCCAUUAUCCAAUUCCUCACAGAAGAUGCGGACAACGCUCCCCCCACAAUUUGUAAGGCAUACAGAGAUUAUGACUGGGAAGAAGACCUCCUCUGGUACCGCGGUAAACUAGUUGUCCCAGACUCGGAAUCCCUGAAGGAACGACUCCUCAAGGAAUUCCACGACUCACCCCUGGCAGGGCACCCUGGACAGCAAAGAACCCUUGAGCUCCUAAGCCGCAACUACUGGUGGCCGGGUAUGAAGUCAUCCGCCAAGGAAUGGGUAGAAUGUUGUCCCACCUGCCAAGCCAAUCGCCGCGCUCACGCCCCUGUCAUUGCCUUGAAACCCUUAGAAGUUCCCCCCUUCCCGUUCCACACAAUUUCCUACGACUUCAUCACAGGAUUUCCCAAGUCUAACGGGCACGACGCAAUCUUAGUAGUAAUUGACUCCUUCUCCAAGUUUGGGCAUUUUAUCCCAACUUCCAAAAAGGUCACCGCAAAGGGUCUUGCUGACUUGUUCAUCACUCACGUCUGGAAACUCCAUGGUCUACCUGUCAAAACCAUCUCAGAUUGGGGAACUACCUUCACAGGAAAAUUCUUAAGGGCAUUAUAUCAGCGACUUGGGGUCAGACCAGCAUUCUCCUCGGCUUACCACCCAGAAUCAGACGGACAAACGGAAAGGGUCAACCAGUUUAUCGAGUUCUACCUGCGCUCAUACGUUGCAGCUGACCAUUCUGAUUGGGCCGCGUGGCUACCAUUGGCAGAAUACGCAUACAAUAAUGCCAAACAUGCAGCAACCAGGAAAUCACCAUUUGAGCUUGUCUAUGGACAAAACCCAGUCAUGAACCCGUCCAACGUACCAGCCAACGUUCCAGAAGCAGACGCGGUAGCAGAUACACUAGCCCGGGAGUGGAAAGAAGCGGAAUCAGCCCUCCAAAUGAGUAAGGAACGUAUGACCAGGAGUCAAGGAGUAAUACCAGAGUUUUCAAUAGGCGAAAAAGUCUGGCUGGAUGGAAAGAACGUGGACCUUAGAACCAAUUCAAAUAAGCUGGACCCAAAACGCCUUGGUCCCUUCAAGGUCAUAGAAAAAAUCUCCAGUCACGCCUACCGCCUGAAACUGCCAGAGACUCUAAAAAUCCAUGACGUAUUCUAUGUUGGGUUACUAUCAAAAAGCCACGAGUCACCCAGUCAACCAUUCCCAGAACAACCUCCCCCUGAGACAAUAGAAGGGGAAGAAGAAUACGAAGUUGAACAAAUCAUUGACUCUAAACGCCAACGGGGAAAAUGGUUCUAUUUGAUAAAAUGGAAAGGAUACGGCCCGGAGGACAUUUCAUGGGAACCAGAGGAGCUAUUGGAGCAUAGCCAAGAAGAGAUCAAGCGCUUCAACCAAGCAAGACUCAGAAAGGCUUGUGACGCCGCCAAGAGCCUUUAA